AAAAAGGAAGAAAAGCGAGGGUUUUGCGGGCAAGGGUUCUUCGGCCGGGAAAGGGGCCUCGCUGAGGAGAAAGCCGGAGGGGCCGGUCGGGCGCGGCGGCGGCGAUAAGGGAGGCAGGCGCUGCGGGCAGCGCGACGCCCUCGGGCUUCCCUCCGCCCGUGGGGAGGAUGCGGAGGCACCGCGCAGCACCCAGGGACGCGGAGGCCGCGGGGACAUGAGCCCGGGGGGCGGCCGGGCGCUGGGGCCGCUGCUGCUGCUGCUGCUGGCUCUCCUGCGGUGCGCGGGGCGGCGGGCACUUGUGAACAGAUCAGUUCCAGAUGUCUGUGCAACUUGCCACAUUCAUGCUACAUGUCAUCAAAUUGAAGGAAAAAGUGUCUGCAUCUGUAACUAUGGAUUUGUAGGCAAUGGAAGAACUCAUUGUCAAGAUAAAGAUGAAUGCCAGAUUGGAGCCAGCAAGAUCUGUGGAAAUCAUACGCUGUGUCAUAAUACACAUGGAAGUUUUUACUGUGUUUGCCUUGAUGGAUACCGAGCUUCCAACAACAACAAGACAUUUAUUCCAAAUGAUGGCACGAACUGUACAGAUAUAGAUGAAUGUGAGGAGUCUGGGCUGUGUGGUCACAAUGCAAGAUGCGUGAAUACUGAAGGAAGCUACGAAUGUCACUGCAAUGAUGGUUAUAAAUUAGAAAAUGGAGAGCUUUCGUUUCAUCCAGAUGGGAACAUAGUUUCAUGCAAAGGUGUGGAUUGUGGGUUUCCACCUUCUGUUUUACAUGCACAUCCAGCAUCUGUAAAUGAGACUACAUAUGGAAGUGAAGUUACUUACAACUGUGUUCAUGGUUACUUUAUUGCAAGUGGUAAUCAGACUGCAGUCUGCAAUGCGAAAGGACAAUGGGAUGGUACUGAUUUGGUGUGCAAAGAAAUAGACUGUGGCAAACCUUUCCUGAUUCCACACACAGAAAUGAUCUGGGACAACUCUACAACUUUAUGGAGCAGAGUGUACUAUAAGUGUGAAGAAGGAUAUUAUUUUAAUGGAGACAAGAAUUUUUCAGAAUGCAGAAUAGAUCAGUCAUGGGAGAAUAUUACAUACAUAUGCAAAGAGGAGGAAUUAUUCAGUAAUUUGUCCAUAUUCAAUGAAACAUGUGUGAAGUGGCAAAGGAAAACUGGAAGACUGGGAGUUCAGGAAACAUACACAUUUCACAUACUGAGCCAAAGAUGGGAUGACAAGAACUUCUCUGAAGACGUGAUAUUUAACAUCACUACAAGUGAAGAUAAUCCAGAGGUGUGUUUAGAUCUCAGCUCUGGCAUUAACUACCUGGUGAAUAUUACUACCAUCUCUUCCACAAACAUCACUGUUUCAGUUACAGUAGCAGUUCAAACAAAGGUAAAGGAAGCUUUCAAUAACGUAUUAAUUUUUAAUGAUACCUGCUUGAAAUGGCGGAGAAAUGUCAGGGGAACUGGUGUGGAAGACAGAUACUCAUUUCAUGUGCAAGGCCAGCGUUGGUAUCAGAAGGAGUUCUCUCAUGAAAUGACCUUCAACCUUACCACACACAAGCAGGCUCCAGAAGUUUGUUUUGAUUUGCAGCCAGGCACGAAUUACUCUAUUAAUAUUUCCAUGGUAGCACUGAAUUUUUCACUGCUCGUUUCCAUGACAACACAAAUCACAGAUCCCCCUUUCCCAGAUGUAGAAUUUGUGGCAGUAAAAGGUUCUGCACCCUUGCUCAAACUUCGGAAAGCAGAAGAUCGAAAUGGACCGAUCAGUCUUUAUCAAGUGAUUGUCCUUCCUCUGGGUUUGCAAAGCACUUUUAUUUGUGACUCCUUUGCUGCUGCAACUUUCUUUGGUAACACCACUGACGCUAAAGGAUAUGUGGCAGCUGAAUUUCAGGCGAAGGAUGUUGCUGAUAACAUGUCAAUUGCUCUUGGAGACAGACAUUACUACGGGAAGUUUUAUAAUGCUCCUUUAAAGCUGGGAGAAGAGUAUUGUGUUGUUUUGAGAAUAAUAAGUGAGUGGAAUAAGGUGAAAACACAGUCCUGUGCUGUUUGGGCACAAAUUAAAAACUUAUCACCCACUCUGCAAUACAUGACUGCUGUUGGAUUAGGGUCAGUUGCUGCUGUCUGCCUUAUACUGUUCCUGUCAUUCUCAGCAGCACGCUCUUAUCUCCACAGCACAGUGCACUCCCCACCUGCAGCUUUAGCCUGCGAGGCUGUACAUCUAUCUGCUACAAUGGACGUGGCACAAACAGGGAUUAUAUCGUCAUUCACAGAGACUGAAAAUGUCUCUCUUCUCUGAUGUGUUAUCCUCUGAAGUCAGCAUAGACUUUUCUUACCAAAGCCAGCAUCUAUUGGUUACGGAUGUAUCUGCACGACACAUAUGUAGCAUGGGCAACUGGAACGUGUUUGUUACUGGGAGUUGUUUCCCCUUGUUUCCCAAUGGUGUAAUAUGUAAAGGAGAACUUUCCUUAACAAAUAGGUUUGUGUUAGAGACAUUAACAUGUGUCCUUUGUGUUGGCCACUGACUUUCAGCUAGUCCAGCCACGUGAAUGCCUGAUGAUGAAUGUCUGUAUUUUACUUUAUUACACGAAUAAUCCCCUGAUUCAGUUGAGACUGUCUGAGGAUGAACUGCUACUUUAGAUACCUUUAGACAGAUAAACUGGCCCAUUAUGAGAGAAAAUGCACAUCAACCCUUAUAUCAGAUAAAGUGGUUAUUGUACUUCCUCAGUAUCAAAGUCAAACACUUUAAUCAGUCAUGGAUAAUGGUACUUCAGGAACAAGUACAGAGUUGUUAGCCAUGAAAUUGUCAGAUUUAAAUAGUGUCAGCAACAGAUGUGUUCCAGAGAUAUUGCAGUCAUUGCUCGUAGCAAUUAGCAGUAAUUGCAAAUAAUAUACCAAUCUAUAAAACUGCAGGUUUUUUUGCCAAAAAGCUGAGCAGUUUUAAUGGCAUGUGAAACUAAUUGAAAUAAGGAACUAUCUCUGUUAAGUGCAGUUUUGCUAAUUUCUGUUCUAUAAUUACAGCUGAGUAAAGCCAUUAAAUCAUUGUCUGGUUAAUAAGCUGGUGUGUAACAUCUGGUUAGAGUCAAUAAAGUACAAUUAAUCAAUUUCUUAUGGCAUAUUCUCAGUUAAUAUUUUUCUUCUGUAAGAAAGAAUCACGUGUCUUUGAUUGGUUCCACUCCUGCUCAGAAGUUGCUUUGAGAUAUACUAACAAAAUAAUUUUCUGUUAACUGUUGAAAUAAAGAAAAAGUUGGGUUUUUUUUA